UGAUUUUGGGGUUAGUACUAAUUGAUUCCGAUCGAUAAUCGUGUACAUUACACAUAAACAGAAGUUAGUGAUUAAAAUUGGUUUGAGAUCACCUGUCGCGUACUCGAUCAACAGGAAGGGGGUCCGGGCGAGGCACGGAGGAGCAGGACGCAGGCUGUGAGGACGCCAGUCGCCGCCCAGCCGCCCUACGCGAUCCUCGCCGCCAUACAACGCAACCGGAGGCUCUGCGCCCUCGGCACGACUCUAUAACUUGACACUAGUUUCCAUAUAUCGCGAGACGUAGGUCAUUUUCUGGUUAAAAACACAAAUCUAGUGGCACCUGUUUACGUUCGAACUGUUUAGCUGUAAACCAAAUUCAUUCGAAGUUAAUCGUGUGCUAACAGAUCGCGAAGGUUUCUUCUCUGCCCUUUCAACGUAUUCCGCUGGAAGCUACGAUUCCUUCGUCGAUCAUGAGCAAACGAUAGUUGAAACUCUAAAGUGUUGAGUGGUUUUUGAUUAACAUUAACUUGUUCACAAAUGAGUUCGUUAUCAUAUUAAGUGUUUCGGUGCGAGUGCAACCAUGAGUUUCUUAACAUCAUUGGGCCAGUAUGUGGCGGGCGUAGCUGACAGUGUAGCCGGUCUGGCGCUCUCACCGCGGCGUGCACCGCCCUCACGACAUCGCUCUGCCGAGGAGGGUCAGGCACAACAACCUCCACCGUCAACCGCUACUAUGCGUGGAUUUCCUAGAGUUCUACCAACAGAAGGCGCUUCUGCCCUGGGCGCCCGACGGCGCACUCUAGAUUGCUUGGCUCCAGCACCAGCUCAACGACGCGGUGGAUCACUCCGGGUGCCCCGUCACCAAGCACCACCUGAAAAACCCACGAUGGCAUUCUGCAAAAGACGUCUCUCUUGGCCAGAGGUCGAUAACUCUGUGAACUCGGGGGUUCAAGACACGGAUGGCUCUUACUUCGAAAGUUUCACGGCGCUGUCUUGGCGACAGGAGAACAGGCGGCUAGCAGCAUUGAGACUGGCCGAAGCUAGGGCGGAACGCCCACCACCCAUGCCCCAAGACCUUGGCCUGCCAAGUGUGUCUGCGCAACUUUCUCAUAAAGAACAUGAGCAUUUGUACACUGAGGUACUAUACUGCAUUGAGAACGCAGUGGGAGCUCCGGCUCCAGACGGCCAAUUCGCUGCUUACAAAGAAGAAGUGAUAGAAUACGCGAGGCGUGCUUUCCGAAUUUCACAAGAAGUUCACGCGCGUGCUAUCCGCGCCGCCGGCAGUGAGCGACCACCUACUGUCGUGCUCGGCUGCUCUGUCAUAGAAGCUGAUGGACUAGAGGCCAAGGAUGCCAAUGGGUUCAGCGAUCCAUAUUGCAUGUUGGGGAUUCAACCAGCUUCUUUACCGGCAUCACCUCGUGCAUCAGAGGACGAAGGCCGCAAGCACGGGUUCCGUCUCAGCUUCAAGCGAAGAGACGGUCGACAACAACGAGACAGUCUUGGUAGACUCCCGGCACGUUACAUCCGAGCCACGAGCGUACGACCACAUACGCUCUCACCGAAAUGGAAUGAAACCUUCAAAUUUGAUAUUGAUGACAUCUCAUCGGAUGUACUGCAUCUGGACAUUUGGGACCACGACGACGAGAGCUCCGUACUAGAUGCUGUCUCUCGGCUGAACGAGGUCCGUGGAGUAAGGGGUCUUGGCCGCUUCUUUAAGCAAGUGUGUCAAAGCGCACGACAGGGAAGCCAGGAUGACUUUCUAGGAUGUGUGAACAUACCUCUGCGGGAGAUUCCGUCGACUGGCAUCGAAGCUUGGUACAAGUUGGAGGCACGCUCACAACGCUCUUCGGUUCAAGGACGAAUCCGCUUACGCCUCUGGUUAUCAGCUCGUGAGGCAGGCCGCCACGACGACGACAAUUGGCAACAGGUUCGUCAACACGAGCGCUUGUUCGGGGUUUUACUGUCGUAUGAAGUGGACACGGCGGGUAUGGUGAACGUAGUCGAGGGCGAAGCGAGCUCUGAGUGGGAAGGUGACUUAUGCGGGGCAGCUCAAACUCUUUUGCAUCAACAUGCUAUACAAGGAGACAUGAGCGCGCUGCAAGCCGCCAUCGCCCGUUUCGCUGCGGCUUGUAAACUGAACUGCGAAGCUCCUCUCGAUCCCAAGUACAUGUACAAAUUGUUGACGGAGCUCGAACGAGCCUGGUGUGCGAGCGAGGCGGAGGUCGGCAGUUGCGCCGGGGAAAGCGCGUCGGGCCUCUCCCGCGACGAGGAACGCUGGCUCGCCGACUGCUUCGGAGAGUUUGUCGAACGCGGCCUGCAUCAGAUGCGACUCCACCGGGACCUCUAUCCGGUGCUCCACGGCAAUAGCUUGAACAAGUUGGAGUAUCUACUGCGGUGUCUCAGCCAGCUGUCACAGAUGAAAGCGUUUUGGCGUUGCUGUCCCUUCAAUAAGGAAAUCAGGAGUGAAAUAGUGAGUUCCCUUCGCAAAGGCACUUCGGAAUGGUACGAAGCGCUCUGUGCACAAGACACUGAGUCCGAGCGUGGCGAAGAUCUUGUGAACCUCAUCACACUAGUACAAAUAGAUCUUCAACAGGGGCUGACCUAUUAUCAUCCGUUGUUCGAGAUGACAAACAAUGUUCCGUACUUUAGCGUGGUUUUCAAUCAGAUCGACAAAAUGGUGACGGAAGACGUAAGGCAAUGCGUCGAGCACUGGGUGGGUGAAGGUUGGUGCGGUGUGGCUGAGGAAGAAUUAUAUGACGAACAUCAGAAUCCCAUGUGCAUAGUAUCAGCAAAGACGCUGCCAUUCGAGGUGUUGUCAGCGGUACGAGAGCUGUGCGCUGCAGCCGCCCCUGCGCCGCACUCGCCACACGAUCCACCACCGCACCUGUUACAUGCGUAUUUAUGGUUCGAGCCACUCAUCGAUCGUUGGCUGGCCGUCACCAAAACAAUGGCGCUACAGCGCGUGCGAGCCGCCGUCGAUCUGGAUCGUCCGGUUGAAGGGGAACAUCUCGUGAAGCAUAGUACUUCAUCAGUGGACACCGCAGCUUGUCUUUAUCACAUGAGAUUGGUCUGGCGAGCUAUUGGUGGAGCCGAGGAAGGUACUACUGGGGGCUCGCUGAGACUCCUUGAGGCAGCCUGUGCCACUGCACUCCACUACACCGACUUAGUCCACGGACAACUUGCCGAUCAGGGAUAUUACGAGAACCACGGUCAAAACAAAACAACCGAGGAAAUAUGCACGAUCGUGAAUAAUCUGGAGUACGUCCGACGCUCGCUCUCUGAGUACGACGAUGAACACAUUGCCAGCGAUGAGAACUCCCGUCAGCUAGUGCGCGGUGCUCUGGGUACUCUGGACGCGCGAUCCGCUCGUGCUGCCGCCCCGCUGGCCGCAAGAGCACGGCCACCUCUACGCAAGGCCGUGUUCCAUCUAGCGUGGUCACCUGACACGCUACCUACCAUACAGGCCAUAACUCCACUUUUGGAGUUCCUAGACCAGCACCUGUCAGCGUUGAAUACAUGGCUGCUUCCCCGUGCCUUCCUCCGAGCUCUUGCUGGUUGCUGGAGCGCCGUACUCAAGGAAGUGUCAACACAAGCUGAUGCUGGAGGCGCUGAGAGACCUAGGGUGUACCAUCACAGACUGAGAGAGGCUCUUGACUUACUCGCCGAGUUCUUCCACGCUGAAGGAAAAGGUCUCCCGAUGACAGACGUCCACAACUUGGAAUGGGGUCGCGUAGAGCAACGCAUGCAGUAUCAUCAGGCACCGACUGAGGAGUUGCUCGAAUUAUGGCUCGCCGAUAGACUGGCUGAGCAGGCUCGGACACCAAUGCCUUCGCCAUAUGGAUCUAUACUUGUCAGAGUGUAUUUCAACCACGACUCGCUCUGCGUGGAGGUGUUGUCCGCGCGUGACGUGAUCCCCCUGGACCCGAACGGCCUCAGUGAUCCGUUCGUAGUGCUCGAACUUCUUCCGAAGCGACUCUUCCCUAAAGCCCACGAACAAAGCACAAAUGUUCAGAAGAAAACUCUGAACCCCGUGUGGGACGAGUGCUUCGAGUUCGCGGUGUCGUUGGAGUCGUGUCGGUCGUCGCAAGCGGCGCUCGCUCUGUCCGUGUGGGACCGGGACGUCUUGACUGCCGACGACUUCGCCGGUGAGGCGUUCAUUCCGCUGUCGCGCGUCCCCGGGGUGCACACUCACGCGCCCCCCGACCCCCUGCGUCCCGUCGAGCUGCCCCUCAUGCAGCUCCAUGACAGGAAUCAUCCGAUAUUGCAGAUACUGGAAUCUCGCACCACCGAUAAGUUCGCCAUGGAUUUCGUUAAAAAACAAAAAUUGCGUUUUGCUGAACAGUAAAUUUUAUUUAUCCUUUAAGAUGCUACACUUCAAUGUCUGUAUUCACGCACAACAUCCUUUAAAUUUCGAUAGAUUAGAAAGAAAAUCAAACCAUUAAAUUCGUUCAUAAUACUUCAAAAUAACAAGUUACGUUGUCAAUGUUGGAGUAUUUAUUUCUCAAAUAAGAUGUACGUAGUUGAACAUCAGUAUUAACGUUUAAAGUACUACAAAGACUGUUUGUAAUUCUUCUAUCCACGAGAGAAUAUGUAUAAAAUAUAAUAUGUGUAUGUGAAACUUUUAAUGCAUUUUUAUAUGUGUAUAGAAACUACGCACCCUCGGAGCUUAUGUCCUUAGCCGUUAGUCUCUAUUAGAAGUUCCCGACCAAGUACUUUAAGACUUGUAUCACUAUUUCUUAAAGUAUAAUCUAGACUUUGUAAAGUCCUAUUUUAAAUAGAUUUUACAUAAUCAAGCUCUAAAGGUAAAUAAACAAAUUUCCAAAUUUUUAAUAAACAAGAUAUUUUUUUCUUUCUUUUUAGAACUUCUAUAACGUGCCAAGUAAUAUUAUUUAUCGAGCAUACAUGCAUAUCUUGUAUACAUCUGCGUUGUUAUCUUUCAAACGUUGAUAACUCAGAAUACGGGGUGUAUUGAAACCGUUCUCGAACGAAAACAGAUUUCAUUGUUAGCAUGUUACAAAUUUAAUAAUUCUAACCAGUUUAAAAAUAACGCAUGAAAAUAAAAUCACUGGUAUAAAAAAAAUCAUUCUAAUUUGUCGGGUAGCCAUCAUACAACGCAAGAUAUUUGACAGAUGCCUGAAUCUCGCUUACGACAUUUCCAAGAUAAUCUUGCAUAUAUACAAGUUCCGAACAACAACAUUUGGACCGUCGGUCUACCGAGCAAUAUCACCCGCUCGGUGGAAGAUCUUUCCAUUCGUCGUUAAUCAUCUCCACACUAAGCAAUGACUUUUGUAGUGCACGUAAUGUAACACAAUUAAAAAUCAAUUAGCGCAUUGAAACUAUUGUUUCGAGGGAAAGCGGUGUGCUUUGGAAAACUGCUUUCGCGUUACAUUAUUGUCUCACCUCUGAACCUACUAAAAUGACAAAUACUCAUGCAUAACUUAAUUUAAACACAUUGUUUUUCGUUCAAGUUAUGAGAACGAUCUCUUCACACCCUGUUUGUAUGUAAACGAUUUAUAUUAGCUCACUCUUUCAAAAAAAAUCCCAGUAGUUCCUAUCUAAGCAGUGUUGUUGUUUCAAAUUGUUUAUGUGAACCAAGCACGAUAUCGAGCUUUGUAACAACCGUCAAAUAAUAUAUGUAACUUUACGUUUUACUUUGUCUUUGUCGACAGAUUUUCGUCGCUAGUUUUAAUGAAUAAUAUAAAUAUAAUAUGAUAUAGGGCUUUUCACUAACACAGUCUCGGAAAAUAAUACCAACGGCGUUUAUUCUGAAAGUUUUUCUUAACAUAAAUUAUAGAUGCUGUCAAAGUCAAAAUACUUUGAUUUCGAAUCAAUUUCAUGUUUCAUGAAAAGCCCAGCAUCGUUAUAAAUGUUUUAAAUAUAUCUUUAUGUAAAAUUUUAUGUUCAAUUUGUAGUUAUACAAAUAAAUAUAAGUAUAUUAAUAUCAUAGGAAAAACAUGUAUUUCGAUGUCUUUAAUAAUUAGCAAUCAAACAAUAUAUUGUCGUGUAACAAUUUGGAAUAAAACCUUAUACGUAUAUUUAUAAAUGUUUUCUAAAUAACGGUAGGUAAUUGGAAAGAAUCAAAUCGUAGGUAACGUGGAAUGAUCUCGUAGAAAUUAUAAUCAUCUACGACGAGGGAAACUAGAAAUAAAAUUUCAAUUCAUUUCAAAAAAUUUAUGCUAUUUAUUUUGAAUCUCGAAAACGGAAUCAAAAUUAUACCGGAAAGUCAGGGGAGAGCAAAAAAAAACACUUUUCACUUGCUGACUUGCAAAAGUCGAGAAGCAUUCAUCAAACAAAUAGAAUAACAUAUCUAAUACAAUACAUAUAAAAAUCUUUCAAUUAAUUUAGGUAUGGAUUCUUAAUUGUUGAAAAUGUCCAUCCGAAAUUACAAUUUUGAAACAUAUUUAAACCUUUUUAAAUUCAAUGAAUUUUGUACAUGAUAACUAAUAUAAUUUUUAGAUUGAGCAGUUUAAAAUAAAGUUUAUUAUUAUUGAUAAAUUAAAGAAUGUUUUUAACUGUAAUACAUGUAUCAUUGUUUGUCCAAAUAAUAAGAUAUUUUAUUUUUCAAUUCAUAGGGUAGCCAUAUCGGUACAAUUUAUCAUAUCAGUAUCAAAAUUAAUAAUUCAUAAUAAAUUUUAUCAAUUUUCACAGCGUCACAAGUCACGAGAACAUUACGUUUAAGACAAAUUAAACAUAAUAUCAAUUAUAUUUUGUAAUGCAAUCGGCAUAUCUCAGUUCAUCGGCUAAUCAAAACUUUAGACAUUCUUCUUAAGAUCAUAAAAAUAAGUGAAAGACGAAUUUUUUCGCGAACCUUGACCAUUCCAGGCGUCAAUUAAAAAUAGGCUAUGCGAAAAUUAUUUUACAAAUUAUAUAUUAUAUAUAUUUUGGUAUAUAUUGCUUUAAGAUUUGAAGAAGACUACAUUUUUAAUGCAAAUUCAUAACUGACUUUUAAAUUAUUUUAUGCAACAUUUUGUAACGAAAAAUAUCUUUGAUAUUAGCUAUAUUUUUACCUGAAAAAAAUUUGAAAGGGAGUGAGCCUGCGAGUCUGAGAUCGUUUCGGCUUAUUGCAAGGGUUCUUUGCUAUGAAAUAAAUGUGUUACAGGACUUUGCUCUUACGUCAUAAAUGUAACCUGAUUCUUGCGUUAUGAAUGUCUACUUAUAUUUAAAAUAUAAAUGUUUCUAUUAUACUAUAUACAAAUUAUGCUAUUUAAAAUGUAUCGCAACUAGAAUUGUGUGUCGAAUUUAUUUGAAGCUGAAUGUUUAUUAUAAUAUAAUAUGUGUCGUUAACACUUGUGUUCCUGGCUUUAAUAAAUUAAUAAAUGUAUUAAACAUGUAA